AUGGUUCUGGUGGGGAACCUGAACAAGGACGUGGUGGUGAAAUGCAACACCUCGAAGCUGCAGGUGACCUGGACACAGAACGGGGAGCCGGAGCCAAUGGCUGAGCUUGUGGCCGAGGGACAGACUCUCACCAUCCUCGGCUUGGACCUGCCGGCCACCGGCAACUACAGCUGCUGGGCUGGCAGCGUCCUGCUGGACAGCACCUACGUGGUGGUCGGGGACAGCGGAGAGGAGGCCAGGGACGCCUCCUGCCAGGCUGACUCCUACCGCGGCUCCUUCCGCUGCUCCUGGAUGGGGCCCCACUCUGCCAUCUUCCGCGCCCGCCUCACACACAGCGAUGGCUCCGUCGGGAACUGGGUGCCAGCAGCUGGGCACGGCGGGCGGUUCAACGCCAACUUCACGGACCCCUCCUUCUGCCCCUUCGCAGAGGAGCUGCACCCGCUGCAGCUGCGCUUCGAGGGGAUCUCAGACACCUCCUUCCUCAACUUCUCCAUCCACUUCUUUGUCCGUGAUAUCGUGCGGCCCGACCCCCCGCAGGCGCUGACUGCAAACCUUCAGGAGGGGCAGAUCCACCUGGCCUGGGCCCCCCCGGCCUCCUGGCCGCUCCCCAAGUCCUACUUCGCCCUCCUCUACUGGCUGCAGUACGAGCUCCCCAACGGCACCAAGGUUGACACUUUUGUGGAGGGCACGGAGAAGAUGAGCCUGCAGGAGCGCGUGCGGCGGGUGCGCAUCAGCUGCCAGGACCCCUACAGCUACACCAACACCUCCUGGAGCCCCUGGAGCGGAUGGCAGGAGGUGGACACAGCCGGGAUGCAGCGGGGCUGA